ACGCGUUCCAUUUCAAUCUGAAGAAAGAAAAACCAGAGACUGAAAAUUAUAUAUACAUCUAAAAUUAAAUCAAGCCCUAAACCUAAACCAAUUCUAAAUUCCAAGAAUCACUUUCUUCAGUCUUGAUAGUUUCUACUGAAUACGAUGGAUCCAUCAUCUUAUUCACGUAACAACAAAUUUCCCAGACCUUCAUCAAUGAGAAAACCUCACCUCUACUUCCUCAUCGCUUUCCUCUGUGCUGCCUUUUAUCUCCUAGGCGCUUAUCAACAACGUGCUUCUUUCACCUCCCUCACGAAAAAAGCCAUCAUAACAUCACCAUCAUGCACCAUCCAACAAGUCAAUAAACCCACCCUCGAUUUCCAAUCUCACCAUAACUCCUCCGAUACCAUCAUCGCACUUUCAUCCGAAACCUUUAACUUCCCUCGUUGUGGCGUGAAUUUCACAGAAUACACACCAUGUGAGGAUCCGACUAGAUCUUUGAGGUAUAAGCGGAGUAGAAUGAUUUAUAGGGAAAGACACUGUCCGGUUAAAGGGGAAGAGGAUCUGAAGUGUAGGGUUCCUCCACCUCAUGGUUACAAGACUCCUUUUACUUGGCCGGCUAGUAGGGAUGUUGCUUGGUAUGCUAAUGUCCCUCACCGUGAACUCACUGUUGAAAAAGCUGUUCAGAAUUGGAUCCGGUACGACGGUGAUCGGUUCUUUUUUCCCGGCGGUGGAACCAUGUUCCCUAAUGGAGCUGGUGCAUAUAUUGAUGAUAUAGGAAAGUUGAUAAAUCUCAAAGAUGGUUCUAUUAGGACUGCACUUGAUACUGGCUGUGGGGUUGCUAGCUGGGGAGCAUAUCUUCAGUCACGUAACAUAAUUACAUUAUCACUUGCACCAAGAGAUACACAUGAAGCACAAGUUCAGUUUGCUCUAGAACGUGGUGUUCCUGCAUUGAUUGGUGUCCUAGCUUCCAAGAGGUUACCUUUCCCUUCAAGAGCUUUUGAUAUCUCCCACUGCUCUCGCUGCCUAAUUCCAUGGGCUGAAUAUGAUGGCAUCUUUCUAAAUGAAGUCGAUCGAGUUUUACGCCCUGGUGGUUAUUGGAUUUUAUCUGGACCACCAAUUAAUUGGAAUAAACACCAUAGAGGGUGGCAAAGAACCAAAAAGGACUUGAAUCAAGAGCAGACUAAAAUUGAAAAAGUUGCUAAAAGUCUUUGCUGGAAUAAGCUUAUCGAGAAAGAUGAUAUUGCAAUUUGGCAAAAACCUAUAAACCAUUUGGAUUGCAGAUCUGCUCGUAAGCUCGCCACAGACCGUCCUUUUUGUGGUCCACAAGAAAAUCCGGACAAGGCCUGGUAUACUGAUUUGAAAACAUGUUUGAUGCCUGUUCCUCAAGUGUCAAACAAAGAAGAAACCGCUGGUGGAGUAUUGAAAAAUUGGCCACAGAGACUUGAGUCAGUUCCACCUAGGAUUCACAUGGGUACUAUUGAAGGGGUAACUUCUGAAGGUUAUUCAAAAGAUAACGAGCUUUGGAAGAAAAGGAUUCCACAUUACAAAAAAGUGAACAAUCAGCUUGGAACCAAGAGAUAUCGUAACCUUGUGGAUAUGAAUGCUAACUUGGGUGGAUUUGCAUCUGCUUUAGUUAAGAAUCCUGUUUGGGUUAUGAAUGUGGUUCCUGUCCAGGCUAAGGUUGACACCCUUGGGGCAAUAUAUGAAAGGGGACUGAUUGGAACAUAUCAUGAUUGGUGUGAAGCAAUGUCCACUUAUCCAAGAACCUAUGAUUUAAUUCAUGCUGAUUCACUAUUCAGCCUUUACAAUGGCAGAUGUGAAUUGGAAGACAUUAUGCUAGAAAUGGAUAGGAUUCUGAGACCAGAAGGAGCAAUAAUAAUAAGAGAUGAUGUUGAUGUGUUAUUGAAAGUAAAGAACAUUGCAAAUGGAUUGGAAUGGGAUAGUUCAAUUGUUGACCAUGAAGAUGGACCACUUGAGAGAGAGAAGCUUCUAUUUGCUGUCAAGAAGUAUUGGACUGCUCCUGCUCCUGCUCCUGCUCCUUCCCACAGGCGUCGCAAGACUAAUUAAACAACUUUGAUUUUUUUUUACCAGAUAGUUAGCUUUUCUCUUUUACGCUUUAUCAUUUAUUUUUCCAAUUUAUUGCAUGAAACAAUUCACACAUUUUGAGAUGGGGACAAUUUAAUUUUGUAUAGAAUGCAAGUUCGUGUUAAGCCCCAAAAAGCUUUUUACUAUGUUUGAUGUUUUGAUUAAAAAAAUUAUUUGUCUUUUUUCCUCACUUUCUAUAGACAUAAAAGCAUAUAAGACAUAAAAAAUAGAAAAUUUGCUUAAGAAAAGUAGUAGUUUAUUUCAUUAAAAAGACAAAAUCAUUUAUUUUUGAAUAGAUAUACUAAGCAGUACUUUUUGUUGAAUUUCAACACAAAUGUUGUGAGCCGAAAAACUCUUGUUAGGUCACUCAUGAAAAGAAUCAUAUACUCUUCAAUACAGAAAUGAACUAUAAAUUGAGGAUAUU